AAAAACCACCUGAUUUCAUGAGACUGAAGUCCACGGUGUGUUAUUUGUAUCGACAGCAUUUUUAUGUGACGAAAUUAGCUGCUGGAAUAUCAAAAAGUAGGUAAAACAAACCAUUUCCCAUAUCUAGAACAAUGUCCACAAAACCUCGUGAGUUGUAUCCUGAAAUAGAACCAUUUGCUAAAGAGCAUCUAAAGGUCUCAGAUAUACAUAAUAUUUAUGUAGAGCAAUGUGGAUCAAAGUCUGGAAAACCUGUGAUAUUUGUACAUGGAGGACCAGGAGGGGGGAUAAGUCCACGUGACAGAAGAUUUUUUGACCCCGAUGUGUACAGAGUUAUCUUGUUUGACCAGAGAGGAAGUGGGAAAAGCACCCCAUCUGCAGAACUCAAGGAGAACACCACCUGGGAUUCGGUGGCAGACAUGGAGAAGAUCAGACAGCACUAUAACAUUGAUAAGUGGGUGGUGUUCGGGGGAAGCUGGGGUUCCACCCUCUCCCUGGCAUAUGCCGAGACACACCCUGACAGAGUUAAGGCCCUUGUUUUAAGGGGGAUAUUUACUCUCAGAAGACGUGAGCUGCUUUGGUUCUACCAAGAUGGCGCUAGUCUAAUUUUUCCAGAUAAAUGGGAGGAUUACAUCAAGCCUAUUCCUGAGGUAGAGAGGGGGGACAUAAUGAGUGCCUACUACAGAAGAUUGACCAGUGAGGACGAGAAAACUCGCGUUGAGGCAGCUAAAGCCUGGAGUGGCUGGGAAAUGGCCACAUCCAGAUUGUUAAUCGAUGAGGAGAUGUUGAAGAAAGUAGAAAGUGAUGUGUGGUCAUUACAGUUUGCCAGAAUUGAAUGUCAUUAUUUUGUCAAUGGGGGAUUCAUGAAGAAGGAUGGACAACUCCUGGAUGAAGUAGAUAAAAUUCGUCACAUUCCAUGCACCAUUGUCCAGGGCAGGUAUGACGUAGUCUGCCCUGCUGAAACUGCCUGGUUACUGCAUAAGAAAUGGCCAGAGGCUGAGUUUCAUAUUGUACCUGAUGCUGGACAUUCUAACAAGGAGUCUGGGACUGCAUCUCUAUUGCUGGAUGCCACAGACAAAUAUAAAACUCUAUAAACAAAACAAACUCAAAUACACAACUUAGUAAACAAACCACCGAUAAACACAAAACCAUACAUUGUAGAAACACAGACAAAUAAAAAAAAACUCUACAGUAUAAAAUUAAAAACAAAACUCUAUAGUACAAAGAUAAAUACAAAAAUUAAUAAUCAAAACAAAGUCAAAUACAAAACUAUGUAAACAAAUCAGACCAAUGCAAAUCUAAUACGUAAACAAAACAAAGACAAUAUAAAUUCUAUAAAACACAAACAAAUCCAAAAAAUGAAGACAAAUUAAAAAAAACCUCAGUAAAUUAAAGAAAGACAAAUACCAAAAACCUAUGAACAAAACAGACAAAUACAAAAACUCUAAAAACGAAACAAAACUUUAAAAACACAGAUAAAUACAAAACUCUUUAAAAACAAAACAAAGACAAAAAAAAUUAAAACACAAUAUUUUAAGAACACGGUCAAAAACUAAACUUAUGAGACACAGACAAAUGCAAAAAUUUAUAAACACAGAUACAUUCAAAUACAAAACACUCUAAACAAAACAAAGCCGAAACAAAAAUGUAAUCAGAAGAAAGACUAAUACAAAAUACAAAACUCCAUAAACAAAGAAACUUUUUUUGUACACAAAACACAAACAAAUAAAAGAUUCAUUCAAUGAAUAAAAAACACAGACAAAUACAGUUUUGAGUAAAAUUCACAAAAAAUUACAUGAUUAUGAGUAGAAAUGAUACUGCAUUUCUUUCAUAACAUUUUGUACAGACUAUAGCUAGAUAUGAUGAAUAGAACAUAGUUGCAUUUAACCUCAAUGGCAUUUUUAUUUGUGUAUCCCAGAUAUGCUCAAUGUUCUGUUCCUGUAUAAGAAAAAUAUUGUAAUAAAUAAAAAUCAUCACCGAGUU